GACUCUUGAGCUGAUGCUAGUGGUUGCCCGCCUCUCUACCCUUGAACUUUCGCCACCCAGUUUCUUGUCAGAUCAAGAUAACAUAAAAAAAAGCCAAGAUGCCGCCUAAGAUGACCUCAAGUCGCAAGCAUCACCUGAAGAGUGUGAUGCUUGCGAUUGCUGAGCAGCGUAUGGAGAAGGAGAAGGCUGAUGCUGAAGUAGCCAAAGAUGCCUACCUGAAUGAGCAUUGUCCUGAGCUUUCUCUGCCCGGCACUCUUGAGGACCUUCAGAAAAUGUGCAAAGAGAUCCAUCAUAAGAUUGACAAAGUGGAUGAGGAGAGAUACGACGCUAAUGCCAAAGUGACAAAAGGAGCUAAAGAGAUUGAUGAGCUGAAGUUCAAGAUAACAGAGAUGAAGGGUAUGAAGAAACCAGCUCUGAAGAAAGUACGUAUGUCUGCCGAUCAGAUGCUUCAGGCUCUGCUGGGCUCCAAGCACAAGGUCACCAUGGACUUGAGAUCCAACCUGAAGCAGGUGAAGAAGGAGGUCAAGCAGGAGGCGACUGGCGACUGGCGCCAGAACGUUGAGGACAAGAAGGACAAGAAGAAGAUGUUUGAGGGUGCUGAGGCGUAAAUUCAAGAGACUCAAGAAGUUGACAUCUGGCAGAAAAAAAGCACUGUAAACAUGGACAAAAUGGAUGGACUGGGGACAUUUGUUCUUUUUGCUUAAUGUUUUUUAUGUUCCCUAUACCUUGACAGAAACAAAUGCCUUUCAUUCUCAAAAUGCACUGAAUUUAGAUAGAGUAAGGAUGUUACUGUUGCAGACCACGCAUAUUAAACAAUGGGCUUUAAUGUUCCUA